GCGCGCAUGCGCGCUGCCCUUUCGCGGUCUCCCUCUCCCCUCCCUUCCCAUCCCUUUAGCUUCACCUCGCCGCGCGCGCCUUUUUUUAUUCUCCUCUCCUUCCGCCGCCGCCACAUUUUUCCCCUUUUUAUAUUCCAAGGGGAAGUAGUAUCACUUCCGUCGGGGGUGGGGCCUCCCCGCAGAAGCAGCAGCAGCAGCACCGAGGGCGAUAGAAGUAAAAGAGCGCGCGAAGGAGGGAGGAGGAGAAAGAAGAAGAAGAAGCAGAAGCAAAAGGAGGAAAAUAAAAUAAAACCGCCCGCCCGAGUGAGCGAGGAAGAGCCUCCACUUCCGGAGCCGAAGAAGCCGGGAAAGGAAAGCGGCGGAGGAGGAGGAGGAGGAGGUGGUCGCCAGGCUCCGGCCCUUCUCUUUCCUCCCUCCCUUCCUUCCUUCUUCCCUCCCUCUCCUUCCCCCUUUCCUUCCUUCCUCCCGAGUUUUACCUCAGCCUCGCCUCCGCCAUGGAGCUCAUCACUAUCUUGGAGAAGACGGUCUCGCCAGAUUGCACCGAGCUCGAAGCGGCUCAGAAGUUCCUGGAGCAGGCGGCCAUCGAGAACCUGCCUACUUUCCUUGUGGAACUGUCCAGAGUGCUGGCAAACCCAGGAAACAGCCAGGUUGCCAGAGUUGCAGCUGGUUUGCAGAUCAAAAACUCCCUGACGUCUAAAGACCCUGACGUAAAGGCCCAGCACCAGCAGAGAUGGCUUGCAAUAGAUGCCAAUGCUCGUCGAGAAGUCAAGAAUUAUGUUUUGCAGACCUUGGGUACAGAAACCUACAGGCCCAGCUCAGCAUCACAGUGCGUUGCUGGCAUCGCCUGUGCAGAAAUCCCCAUGAAUCAGUGGCCUGAACUUAUUCCUCAGCUGGUAGCUAAUGUUACAAAUCAGCACAGCACAGAGCAUAUGAAAGAGUCAACAUUGGAGGCGAUUGGCUACAUCUGUCAGGAUAUUGACCCAGAACAACUUCAGGACAAAUCCAAUGAGAUCUUGACAGCCAUUAUCCAGGGCAUGAGGAAAGAAGAGCCAAGUAAUAAUGUAAAGCUAGCAGCUACCAAUGCUCUCCUGAAUUCUUUGGAAUUCACCAAAGCAAACUUUGACAAAGAGUCUGAAAGGCACUUUAUUAUGCAAGUAGUCUGUGAAGCAACACAGUGUCCAGAUACAAGGGUGCGAGUAGCUGCUUUACAGAACUUGGUAAAGAUUAUGUCUCUUUAUUAUCAGUACAUGGAGACAUAUAUGGGUCCUGCACUUUUUGCUAUUACAAUUGAAGCCAUGAAGAGCGACAUAGAUGAGGUGGCUUUGCAAGGGAUUGAAUUCUGGUCAAAUGUCUGUGACGAAGAAAUGGAUCUUGCUAUUGAGGCAUCAGAGGCCGCUGAGCAAGGAAGACCUCCAGAGCAUACUAGCAAAUUCUAUGCUAAGGGUGCACUACAGUAUCUUGUCCCAAUUCUCACACAGACACUGACCAAGCAGGAUGAGAAUGAUGAUGACGAUGACUGGAACCCCUGCAAAGCUGCUGGUGUCUGUCUCAUGCUCUUAGCUACCUGUUGUGAAGAUGACAUUGUCCCUCAUGUUCUGCCCUUCAUCAAAGAACACAUAAAGAAUCCUGACUGGCGAUACCGAGAUGCUGCUGUCAUGGCAUUUGGGUGUAUUUUGGAAGGACCAGAGCCCAACCAGCUCAAACCCCUUGUCAUUCAGGCUAUGCCCACCCUAAUAGAGUUAAUGAAGGACCCCAGCGUAGUGGUCAGAGACACAACUGCAUGGACUGUGGGUCGGAUCUGCGAACUUCUCCCUGAAGCAGCUAUAAAUAAUAUUUACCUUGCUCCACUGUUGCAGUGUCUAAUUGAAGGCUUGAGUGCAGAGCCAAGAGUAGCCUCCAAUGUUUGCUGGGCUUUCUCUAGUUUGGCAGAAGCUGCUUAUGAAGCUGCUGAUGUGGCUGAUGAUCAGGAGGAGCCUGCAACAUACUGCUUAUCUUCAUCAUUUGAACUAAUAGUGCAGAAACUCUUAGAAACAACAGACAGGCCUGAUGGACACCAGAAUAAUCUGAGGAGUGCUGCUUAUGAAGCUUUGAUGGAGAUUGUGAAAAACAGUGCUAAGGACUGUUACCCUGCUGUCCAGAAGACAACUUUAGUAAUUAUGGAACGACUUCAACAAGUGCUCCAAAUGGAGUCCCAUAUCCAGAGCACAUCUGACAGAAUCCAGUUCAAUGAUCUUCAGUCUUUGCUGUGUGCCACUUUACAGAAUGUCCUUCGUAAAGUGCAACACCAAGAUGCUUUGCAGAUCUCAGAUGUGGUGAUGGCAUCUCUUUUGAGAAUGUUUCAGAGUACAGCAGGAUCAGGAGGUGUGCAAGAGGAUGCCCUCAUGGCUGUCAGCACCCUGGUAGAAGUGCUUGGAGGAGAGUUUCUCAAGUACAUGGAUGCCUUCAAACCUUUCUUGAGCAUUGGGUUGAAGAACUAUGCUGAAUACCAGGUCUGUUUGGCUGCAGUGGGCCUAGUGGGUGACUUGUGCCGGGCUCUGCAGUCCAACAUCCUCCCUUUUUGUGAUGAGGUUAUGCAGCUGCUCUUAGAAAACUUGGGGAAUGAAAAUGUGCAUCGGUCUGUGAAACCCCAGAUUCUUUCUGUGUUUGGAGACAUUGCUCUUGCAAUUGGAGGUGAAUUUAAGAAAUACUUAGAGGUUGUACUGAAUACCCUACAGCAAGCUUCUCAAGCUCAAGUUGAUAAGUCGGAUUAUGACAUGGUGGACUACCUGAAUGAACUUCGAGAAGGCUGUUUAGAAGCAUACACAGGCAUCAUUCAAGGACUGAAAGGAGAUCAAGAGAAUGUGCAUCCUGAUGUGAUGCUGGUGCAGCCCAGAGUAGAAUUCAUCUUGUCUUUCAUUGACCAUAUUGCUGCAGAUGAAGAUCAUACUGAUGGGGUUGUAGCCUGUGCGGCUGGGCUUAUAGGGGAUUUGUGCACGGCAUUUGGGAAAGAUGUCCUCAAAUUGGUAGAAGCUAGGCCCAUGAUACAUGAAUUGCUAACUGAAGGAAGGAAGUCAAAGACGAACAAAACAAAAACUCUUGCUACCUGGGCCACUAAAGAGUUGAGAAAACUGAAGAAUCAAGCUUGAUCUGUUACCAUUGGGAUGACACCUGAGACCCCCACUGGAAAUCUCCAAUCUAUUGAGGAAAAAAACCCAACCCGGAAGUGAGGAGUGUGCACGGAUGCUGAGUGUUUGGGAAUGAGAGGAUGAGUGAGUGAGAGGCUUAAAACACACCACGGUGAAAAUCCAGCCACGGCAAACGGCAGCAGCGCUGUUAAUGGAGCUAAUCACUGACUUGCGUAGCAACAAAACCUUGUCAUCGCUUGCCUCCAGGAAGUGGGAAAAGAUUGAUUUCCAUACUUCAAUGCAGUCUCUUCUGACAAGAGACAAGGACUAACUUCUGUGUCUUUUGGCCAGUGAGGAGGGAGAUGAAUUAGUCUGGGAGAGAGGAAAACUAGCUUCAGGUUCAAUUGGAGUGCUCAUAUAAUAAGGUCUGGCUUUCGUUGCUGGAGGGAGAGGAGGAUGUGGGAUCCCCAGCCCACCUCAGUCACCUUUUGGGGAGGGAGGGGAGUUUUGGGCCGCACAACGCUGUCAGUGCACGAGAGAAACGGGAAGGGUGAAGGAUUUUCUUUCAGGAGUGAGUGUGUGUGAAUGAAGCGGUAUCUACAUUCUCAACUUUUAAGUCAUUGCAGUUAAUCUUUCCCAAAAGAAAUACUGAAGAGAUUAGCAGUUGCAUUUCAUAAAACAAGUUCAGUCUACUUGAAGCAGCAGAAGAGUAAGAAAGUUUGGGGGGAGGGGGGGAAGAGAAGUCACUUUGCAUAAGGCUUCUUUAGGGAAUCGCUGGUGGGAUGUUUAAAGCUCCCGUCGUGACACUUUUUUCACGAUCUUGUUUCAUUAAAAAGCGCCUUUCCUUCCUGAAUUUUGUUCAACUGUGAAUGUAGAAAUCAGGGGGGGGGGGGGGGGGGGGGGGGGAGGGGUAUCCAGAAAAAACUCUCGCGUGUUAUUAGAGAGAUUAGGUUCCACUUUCUCCAAAUGGGAUGUGAGGCUUUGAAAAUAAAACAGCUCUGCUCUGAAUUGGCAACAAAACAAAGCCCCUCUCUUGGCGUGAACAAAGUAGCCCGAACCACACACAACUGUGCCAAAGAGUUUAAAAGGAAACUAAGUCCAAACAAGGAAAAAAAAAAACUUCAGGAAAAUAUUUUGGAUUGCAAAAUGAGGUUGAAAUUCAAAUGUUCAAACAAAGCAAAAAGAUAAAAGUACGAUUUGGAAACUG